AGGAAAUGGCCGCCAUUCAGAUUUGCUCACCUGGCGCCACUGUAGAGACUUGAAUGACCCUAUGGAAUAUUAGAGACACGUUCAUCAAAGACGGGUUGCAGCAUAAAGAAAAGUGAAAAAACGGUUACAGUGCCAUCCUGGACAACUUGGUGAAGUUUGACCAGUGGACACAGGAUGACUGCGUUGCCAUUCCUCUAUCCUGUAGAUGUGGGUGUCGUCACCUCUGGAGGACUUCAUGCAUUACUGCACAAAUACACUUUGGAGGGGAAUCUUACAAAGCUAAAGAAACUGCUGCAGACAGGUGUGGAUGUGGACUGUGUGAAUCACCUGGGUCAGACUCCACUCUUCUGCGCUGCUCUUCUGGGCCAUGUGAAGGUGACAGAGCUGCUUCUUCAUUAUGGAGCUGACCCAAACCAUUGCUGUGAGGACUGGAGCACCCCAGUUCAUGCAGGAGUAUUUUCCUGUAAUGCUUCGGUGGUGAGUGACCUGUUGGAUGCUGGAGGAGACCUGAGGCUCCAUGAUAUGGAAGGCAGGACUCCUUUUGAUUGGCUCAGGGCUGUAAAGCAGAGUGACAGUGCACAGAUGGUAGCCUUCCUGGAAAACUGUAUGUCCUCUAUGCAACAGCUGUGCCAGAACCCAACUACGAAGAAGCUCUAUGGUAGACACAUGUCAAGCUCCAUACUUUUACAACGUGCAUCUUUACUAGAUCGCAUAAAGACAAGUGCUAUUGACAUGCAGUUCAAUCAGAAGAAACGCAUCACGUCCCCCUACACAACAGCCCUGUGUCUGGGCUUUGGAAAGGUGUGUGUAAAUGAGCCAUGUCAGGCUUUUGCUUGGCCAGCAUCUAUUCCACUGAUCAAAGAAAGUGAUCUGACCCAGGCUGAUGAUGAACCUGUGCUGUCUUUCACCUGUGGUUCUUUGACCUCCAUGACCAAUUGCAGCUGGAGACACUCCAGGGUCACAGUGAAGAAAAUGAUGGACAGUCGUGCAACUUACUUGGAUCUGCUCAUCAAAGAACAAGAAUAUUGCAGCCAACUGUUACACCCACAACUGCUGCAGCUGAUGGGAGUGAGUCUCUCCGAUGAUCUCCAGAAGACGAGUGUGGUGUUUGAGCGAGUCACUGUCGGUACACUCCACAACCUGCUGCACAACAGGCGCACCGAGUUCCCGGUGCUGCAGGAAAAAUGGCUUCUGUCAGUGAUGUUGCAGGUUUGUGAAGGUCUGCAGUAUCUCCAUGGGCAAGGCCUGGUGAUGAGAGCCUUGUCUUCACAUGGUGUGGUCCUCACAGAGCUCACAGUAGCCAAACUUACUGAUUUAGGCUUCAUGGUCCCCAGCAAAGGCAGUUCAUGUGUCAAACCCCCCAAGCACAUAGCCCUGCCCCCCAGCUUGUACAGAUGGGCUGCUCCAGAGGUUUUUAAACAGAAACCCUGCACAGUGGAGGCUGACAUCUACAGUCUAUGUGCUCUGAUCCAGGAAGUGUACACAGACAAUGAACCGUGGGGAGCUGUGAGCCUGGAUAUGAUUAAAAAAGCAAUGGACGCAGGCCAGGUCCUGGCAGUAAACAGCAGCAUUCCACAGCCUUACUAUGAUGUGGUGCUGACUGGCCUGCAGCAGCACCCACAGGACCGCACAUACAGCCUGCACUGCCUGUGCCAAAUACUGCAACAGGAUAUCAAGUGUUUGUCCCCGGAGGAUCAGCUGGGCGGUGGUGAGCUGAGUGAUUAUCCAGAACAAGAUCUGGGAUCUGGUAUUCAGACCACAACACAGCACAGGAUUGUGGGAAAGCCAGUAAAGCACGUUGUUUUUAGCACUGUAAAGCCAGUCAAAAUGAAGGCAGUGGUGGACAGACAGUCUCACCAAGACAGACAACUUCAUAAACAGUGGUACAGUGCAGCAGUGUCUGAGCUGGGGACGGAAAGAGUAGAAUAUUCAGAGGAAGAAUCUGUGCACCACCAAGUGGACACUCACACAGAGACAGAGUCAGAAACAGAACGUUCUGAGGAAGAACCUGAUGUAGAGGAAAAUAUAGACAGAGAGAUAUUGGAGCAGCUGGAAAUCCUGAAGCUGCCCAAACCUACAGCGGAUCAGCAGAUCAACACUUUUGUGGUCGACCUCAAAGUGUCUCAGGAGCUGCUGCGACAGGCCAACCAGAGCCUGGACACGGUGGAGGAUCACCUGGACUCAGAAAGGUUUAGAGAUGCUCCUUCCAGUAUCACAGUCUCCUCUAGUGCACCCUCUAUGUUCUCCCUAUCUACAAAUCACCCUGGAGAAGGUACUGCUGCUGCUGGACUUAAUUCAAACCAGUACAGUCCCUUAACACAAAGAGGAAAUGACUGGUCAAAGAAUCUGGAGGCUCAGCUCCAGGACAGAAACUGGGAACUGCUGAGCGAGGUGGAGCUGGCCUUAUGGCUGAGACACUAUCCAGCUGAACAGCAGCAUUUUGAGCAGGACCGGCUGCUGCAGCUUUCUUCUGACUGUGACAUGGCAGAGUUUUAUUCAGUUAAAACUCAUCACAGCGAAAUGGAGCUGAGCCAAAAGCAACAGUCAACCAGCUCACAGGAAAGUUCAGAUGUCUCAGGAGAUGCGUGCAGGCCAGCAGCAGCAAGUGGAAAUCCACUGAUGGAUUCUCACAGAACCAAUUAUGAGAGCUUUACAAAUACCUGUAAGGAUCCAGGUGUCAGUGGAACACAGACACAGUAUAAACCCAACGCUUACAUGGCUUCGUCAGACGUGGCUCUGCUGGCUGAACUCUCCAGUAUCACAUGCUCCCCGGCUGUCCCUCAGGAGAAACUCUACAGUAUCUAUAGCAACAGACAAGGCCCACCCUGUAACAGUACCCCACGUAACUCAGACUUACACAGGCGUGUGAUGACAGAUAUUAUGAAGGCCAAACUCCCAGACUUCCCUGCCUGCAGCCACCGCAGUACUGAACAUCCGUGGACUGAGAGCUCCUCCAUUCCAAAAGCAAGCUCAUCAAAGGUUCAUAUACUCAUUUCAUUCACCAGUGGUUCCUACACUCCUCUGCCUCAAUCUUUGGAGGCCGACACUGCCAGCAGUCUUCAGGGCUUCAUCACAGCCAUCCAGGGGGAAGAGCUGUUCAGAGAUUCUGAAUCUCCCAGCUCCAGUUUCCACAGAUGCUACAGCAAUUCUGUGGAGGGCGAGCACAAAGAAGAAGAGAACAGAGAGAGUGCAGGAGUAUCUGAGCAGGGGCAAAGUGAAGAGGAGACAGAGAGAAGCACUGACAGUCAAAAUGUGAUGGAUGAAGAAGAAGAAAAGAAGGCAGUUGAUGAGUCACAGGAAAUAGCAAGAGGACAUAAUGAACAGUGCACAAAAGGGGAGGAAGAGACUGAUGAGAGAGGGAACCGUGGUGAAAAAUGCAGUGAAGAAGAGAAGCCUGACAAGUGUAACACAAAGGACCCAAAGGAGAAAAAGCUCAGCUUCUCUUCCGAGUUGUGGCACAGUCUCAGUUUAUCGGAGGACACCAACAGAGCUCACUCAACACUUGAUGAUGUGCUGCAGCAGUUUGAGGAGGAGGAGUGGGAGGAGGGCACCACAUAGAGUCCUGUGCUCAGGUACCUAAAGCUACAUUCCAGACAUGUGCAGAGUUAAUGGCUGGGUUAAGUGAAAUAAAAAACAUAAGCAGACACAUGGACGACAUCAGUAAUUAAUGCAACACAUUUUCAUUCAUAGUUGAUGUCACACUUCAGCAACUGGAUUCUUUACAUCCCAGAAAAAUAUGGAAUAAAAGUAUAUUUCUUCUGUGGGGUCUCUGAAGGGCAGAGCCAAGCUGUCACUAAAGCUUACUCAGCAUUUUUAGAUUAUAACAGUGAUACAUCAACAACAAUCCUGUCUAAUUAAUUGAUUAAGAAAGUAUAACACAGGUCUUUUUGAGAUUCUUGUUUGAUGCCAUCAAUGGAAUAGUAACUUCAAGUCAAAGCUUAAUUUUUUUUAUUUGACGGAAAUUUUUGCCGCCGCCUAUCACCCUAUGUCAGCUGAGAUUGGCACAGCAGGAUAAAGCGGUAGAUAACGGAUGGAUGGAUGGAUGAGAGAAUUUUUGUUUUUGUUGUGUUUUUAAUUACAGGAUGGUUGGAGCACAUCCAGAGUCUGUGAGCCAAACAAAGGUGUGUUUGGAAAUUUAGCUGUAUUUUGUUUCAGGUCUUUGAAUUUCCAUUGACGUUUGUAUUUUGUUGUUACUAAUUUGUUGUCUUCAUGCAAGAUUUGUUGUUCUGGAAGAGUUCACUUGCUUUAUUUCAAUAUGUCUUUAGGCGAGAGCAUUAAUUAUUUGAAAAUGUUAAAAAGAAAUACUC